AAAGUCAAUAUGGAAACACCGACCGUAAUAUUGGCGACAAACAAGCGUUAUUUCAUCGAAGACAAGUUUCUAUUCGUUGACUGUAUCUUUGACCAUAAGAGAAUAAGGCCAAUGCUCAGAGAUUGGGUUGGAUUAUACCCAUGCGAUGAAAAUGUACAACUCGACGAACCGUUGAUGUUCGAAUAUGUCAUGGAUCACCGGAGAAUAGAAGGAGAAUGUUUUAAAAUCAAAUUUGUCUCGCAACUAUUCGCUAAGUACAUACAUUGUUCUGGCAAAUAUCGUUUUAUCUAUGUCAAUUCUUAUUUCAAGAUUAUUGCCACCAGUAACCCCGUUGAGUUUGUCCAUAAAAAUGAUUGUAGUUGUAACAUUGCACUAACUCCUACAAACUUGAUGGAACAAUUAAAAAUUGGACAGGACGUGGAUUCAGUAUACCAACAAUUAAAAUGUCUAGAAGCUCGACUACGUGAUUAUGAAGAAGGAAAAAAGAACGUAAUGCUAUUAAAUGAGCAGUUGGUAGAAAAAUUAAAGGAAUGUGAAAUGCUACGAUCAAGGGGUGAAAAGUUCAUUGAUGGCUUAUAUAGUGCGCUUGAUCAAGGAAAACCUGUUAAACUAACAAACUCUAAUGGAUACGCUCGCUGGAUUAAACGCAUGCGUAGUAACGAAAUCAGAGACCAUAUGAUAUCAACUAAAACUGUCAGAAAUGAUGUUUACUUGACAGCAAUAAUUAAUACACAAGAACAAGCGUUGCAAAAAUUACAAAACGUCAAUAAUGAAUUAAGAACACAACUUACACUAUAUAAUGAAGAACCAAUUAAAAAGCAUGAAAACGAGACCUGUGAAACUGACGAUGUGAAAGCUAUUAUUCAUGUGAAAAAGUUUAAUAUUCAAUCUACUCCUGCGCCAUUAGUUAAAUUUGUCGAUUAUACUAAUUUAAAAAAAACUGCUAGUGAUUGUUAUGGUUAAUGUUUUUUUGUUGUAUCUACCUGUUUUUUAUCGACUUAGUUAUGGUUCCUGUUACUGAUUUUACAUUUUAGUUCAA